AAACUAUUAUUACACUAUAGACUUCAAUUCAAUGUAAGAACUUCUAGUAUAUGAUAGAUUCAAACUUUCAAAGAGUAUAUCUAUAAAGGAUAAAUCCUUGUAGAAAGAAAUGGAAGAAAGUCUCUACGGCGCAGCAGUUAACGAUGAUGUUGCAACUCUUUCUCAGUUACUCCGGCAAGAUACAAAACUUCUGGAUAAACUGAACUCACUAAAGUCCGGUUACAGGACUCCUCUGCACAUAGCGGCAAUGCUAGGUCACGCGAGGUUCAUGGAAGCGAUUUUGGGUUAUGAAGCUUCUGAGUACAUGAUUUUGGGUCGUGAUGAAGAUGGAAGAAACCCUUGUCACCUUGCUGCGAUACAGGGCAGACUGGAAGUGUUGGAAGUUCUUAUUCAACCGGCUGGAACUGUAUCGCGGCGAGUGGCGGCGAUGUUACAGAAGGCAGACCGGGGAUGCAACAUUCUGCAUCUAUGCGCCAUUUAUAAUCAGCUGGAGGCCCUGAAGUUUCUGUUCAGCAAGCUGAAAUUAGAUUCUGAUUUUGUGAAUGCUAAGAAUGAUGAUGGCAUGACCAUACUUCAUUUGUCCACAUACUAUCACCGAGAUCAUCAGAUCACUAAGUACUUGCUGAGGGAACAAAGUACUAAAAAUGGAGGAUUGGUGAAGGUGAACCUGAAGAAUGCAGAUCGGAAAACAGCAUUCCACCUGUUGUUAUCUGAUUAUGACCAAGGAAUUCGAAGCGAUUUCGAGAAGGCACAAGAUCACAUCCUGUUGGAUUGGGUUAACUUGUCAAACAUUUGGUAUGAAAGAAACAGGGAGGCAUUGCUGAUUGUGGGCACAAUCUUGGCAACAAUGAGCUUCCAGAUUUGGCUUAGCCCACCUGGUGGUGUUGAGGUACUGGAAAACAGAACAGUAACGCCGAUCAUCGCCCGGCUUUAUCCCGAUCAGUACAAACAACUCGUGAAUUACAACACUUGGUCCUUCAUCCUGUCAUUAAACAUCAUCCUGAUGACUGUUCGAGGAAACAACCUCGGCACCGCCACAGGUUUACCCCUACUUCUGCAACUUGUAGGGGUUCUGUGUGUCCUAACCACAGCUUAUACUUAUGUUCUGUCUGUGAGUUUCUUAAAACCAAGACCUGAAACUCAAACUAUAAACUCCACCAUUGUGUAUCAUGGUAGUAUUGUGCUACCAUUGGUUAUCUUCACUACGUUCUUCAUGACAGUGUAUGAUUAUCGUUUUCCGUAUAGAUGAUUACAUUCCCAUCUACGGGAUGUUCUUAACAAAGAUAGCAUCAGGUAUCUGAUAACACGACAUUAGUUUAAGUGUAAUAUGUGUCUAUUCAAACGGCAUUGACAUUGCAUUUGAUAUUUCUCGAUUCCGAUGAAGUUUGAACAUGAGUUGCUGAUCAAUCAUCACCCAAGAAAUAGGCGUUAGUUGUGUGCACUUGUUGUGCUAGACAAAUGGCCAUUGGUCUGACGAG